AUGAUGAAAUGAGAUACUGGACAGAGCUACGCCAUAAUUUGUUCACUAGAAGUCAUGCUUCCAUGGUCAAAUGAUGGCAAGAUUUUGCAUCUUUAUUAGGAUCAGAUCAUAUAUUUGAUCUUUUUCCCUAAUAAAGGGAGCACUUUUGGAGAAGUAAUCAACACCAUAUUGGUAACGAGGCGUAAAUUUUGCUUUAAAUGUGCUAUAAAAGAAUCGGAGGAGCUUGUGACACAAUCUGCCUAAUUCUUUACCUUUGGAUACAUGGAUCAGAGUACUCAACUUGCCUUGAUAUAUGGGUUAUCAACUGAUGUCAGGGAGCAACAGAGUGGAAACUACGUCCUUAUAAGAGAUGUGGAAAAUAACCAAUUGGGAAAGUUUGACAAACGCCUUCCUUGCUGUGGCUGUGGAAUAGGAUGGUUCUCUUUUCUGCUUGGGUUUGUGUUUCCACUGAUGUGGUAUUAUGCCACAAUUCUUUACUUCGGGAAAUACUACCACAAGGAUCCCAGGGAACGAGGAGGACUUGCUGCUAAUGCAGUUGCUGCUUCAAUUUGUACAAUAACAGUGCUGAUUACAGUAGCUGUUAUUCUGCUAUAAUCCUUGUUGCUGCAAUCCGCCUUUGUUCUUACUCUCUAUGCAUCACCUUCCUUGGAGAAGAUUGUGAGCUGAUGCUUUCUUGUACUCUUAUUGGACGACGAGGAAACAAAAUCGGUGUCACAAAUGGAUCAUCAAUCGGUGUCACAAAAGGCACUCCAAUGUUGUACAUAAUACAAACUGUGUAUCACAGAACUACGUUUUGAAUCCCAUUCAUUGGGAUGUUUGUAUGUCGGUAACUCAUAUAUGAAAUUUCUCAUUUCACUUUCAUUUGGAAGUGGCGUGAAGGAAGACUUCUUGUACAGUGUAAAUUUGUUUGCUGAAUUCUAAGGAGGUGUUUGGUUACUUUACUGGGAUGGAAUUUUCUGAUAAUAACUUGACAGACUUGAAAACUGUAAA